UAGCAAGCGGAAAGCGAAUGCAUUUACAUUAUUGUGCCUCUUUGUCGUCGCAUCCGUUGAAUCUAAAUAAAAAAAAAUGUUUUUUCUUUACUUAAGUAACGUAAAGUCUUGUUAUGAUAAGUGUUUUGUUUCGGCUGGGUGGCCACGAGAUAAGAUCAAUUUAAUUAGACAGGUUACAGAAGAAAAUUAUCAACACACUUCUUAUUAAUGAGGGAUUUUAAUGAAACAAAUACUGAUUUUCUGUGAAUUUAACGCAUCAACAGAGACGUUUUUCUGACUGAUACCUGUAGGUAGCUAAUAUCUUAGUCAAAAACAAUCUAGCUGCUCAUUACAAUCUGCCUUGUUGGGUAAUCACAGUUAUCAAUCAGCGGCAGGUUUUCCUGCUAUCCGUCAUUUUAUGUAAAUUACCCGUUGCAUCGGACGGAUGGUUUCAAAAUACCAUAAGUGCUAUUUGCAAACGACGAAUAAAAAUUGGAACUUCCAUAGGCGAGCCCAAACCCGCAUGGUGCGUUGCGAAACGCGCCGCUUUGGCGUCUAACGUAACUAUUAUCAUUCGUUUUCACUAUCGUUUGUCGUUGACUCGUCACUCCAUUGUAAAUUGUAGUCUGUAAACCAUAAUAAACUGCAAGGUCGCAGCCGUGUGGUGGGGGCUGGCACAUGACUGCACUCCGUGAAGUUUCAGUAGCCACACGACAAACGCUACCGAAGGCGACCGCGAACUUGUAUCGGAACUCCGAUCGCAGAAAUUCCUCGAUGAGAUCGGCGCUUGAGUCAUCUAUGAACCCCAUAGAAUGUUGAGACUCCAAAGCGAUUCUUAGUCAAAUCCCAAGGAACAAAUGUUUCAAUCACAAAAGCUUCUCUGCCCGAGCCGUAUGUUUGUUCAGCUGUAGUCCAAGUCUGUAUCGAAUUGCGCAAUUGGUUCAUAACCCUUGUGGCUGAAGAAUUCAAGUUGUAUUACAGUGGUGGUAGUGCUAUCUUGUAAAGCCGUCAGUUAUUUAAUGGACGUGUUCCAAUAAAGCGAUCCUGACGCCGCCCGGUGCGUGUCGCAGUAAUACGAAAAUGACUCGAAGACAGUGCAAUAUUGUGAUCAUUUUGUAAAUACUCUGAAAGUGAUCAUUGUAUGUUGUAAAGAAAACUGUGUAAAAAAGUUGUCGGAUAUGAAGGCAUAUUAUGGAGUUUGUUCUGCUCUUUUAUUACUAACUCUUGAAUAUGGAUCGGGCGCGGAGUGUGACGGAGGGAAAUCUGUGAGCUUCGUGCGGUGGUCGGGGGUGACUCCGGAGCGGGCGACGCCGGUGUUCGUGUACUCGGCAAGCGGGGACGAGGAGUCUCUGACCGGAGCGUGCCUGGCGCGCUGCAGGGAGCUGCCCGACUGCGCCGCCGUGCUGGUCUCCUACUCCAAGGGCAACUGCCAAGGCGUCACAGCCACGGAAAGCGUCGAACUGCAACAGAACAACGACGUUUCCUACUUCAAAAAAAUAUGCUUGGAACAGGCAAACGGGUGCGGCGAGCGAUGGUGGGCCCUGGAGAGCACGCCGGGCUACCAUCUGCAUCCAGAGACCCCCAACAUCAAGCUCAUUGUGAACAUCACAGUCCAGGAGUGCUACAAGGCUGUACUUGACGACCACAAUGGACAACGAUAUAGAUCAGCUCAAUGGGUGGGCCCUGAAGCUGUGUACAACACGGAAUUGAUUAAGGUGUCCGAGGGUGUAAUGGGAAAUUGCAUUCUCAAUGUGGAAGACAAGUUCACGGAACCCGAAUCAUAUAGAGUGUCAAACUACUACACGUUCUACAUAGAGAACCAGUGUAGGCAUGAUUAUCCGAGUAAAAUUGAUCGAUGUUCUUAUGAGGAAUAUUACAAUCAAACAUUGAAACACGUCGAAUUUACUGUGAAGAACUAUACAAAAGAUGAGUGCAAAAGCGCUUGCGAAUUGGAGGAGCACUUCAUCUGCCGCGGCUUCACGUGGACCAUGGACGGCCGCAAGGACUCCGCCCGCGGGCUAUGCGACCUGCACAGCGAGGACCUCGUCACGACGGGCUCCUGGCUGCUGAGGAGGACCUCGCCCGCUACGUACUACAGGCGGGUCAUCUGCCUUAACAUCACAGUCGAGUGCGAGGAAUCCAACCUGGUUGUGACGUACUACCCGCGCGGCUCGUUCCGCGGCCGCGUGUACGUGCCCGGGCGCGGCGAGCGCUGCGGCGCGCGCGCCGUCGGCCGAAGAGUACGAUUGGCGCUGCCGCUCUAUGGCGACUGUGACGUCAACUUCGCGUAUGCCAUCACCAAGACGCCGGCGGGGAUGGUAAACAGGACCAUGGCUUACGCGAUGGUGAUGAUCCAGAACAACCCGAUCAUCCAGACGGCGGGCGACCGUUGGGUGCGCGUGGGCUGCUCACCUGGACCCAAGUCAUCCACCCACUCUGUUGACGCUACUGUCGCUGUGCGAGACUCGGGGAGACCAUCUCAAGCGAGCGAGUCAUCAAACGCGGGCACUCCAGCGUCUGCCAGUGCGGUAUACAAUGCCAACACAGCACCGCUCACAAUGUACGUCGUCCGCGCCGCCGACUCUGCCACAGCACCCACGGUGUCGCUGGGAGAGCCACUGGAACUGAGGAUAGAGACCACGGACAGAAACGAGAUUGAGGCGUACCAUUUGGUGGCUUCAUCACGGUUGGGCGACAGCUCCGUACUGUUACUAGACAGCAGAGGCUGCUCUACCGGACAGGUAGACUUCCCGCCUUUCACGAGGACGUGGAUGGGCGACACGCAGCGACUGUCGGCGCGCUUCAAGGCGUUCCGCUUCCCAACCUCGCACGUGGUUCGGUUCGCUCUUAUGGUCCGAUUUUGCGAACACAAGUGUGCUGCUGUAAAUUGCGCAACUCAUCAAGCGCGCAGUGCUCGCGAGACGAACGACACAUCAUCGUACCAACUCGACGACAAUGCAGUCGCGGCCGCUGUCAGGGAGGAAUCCUGGCAGAACAACAGGAUAGCCCCCAGUGGCUCUAGUGGCUAUCCCGGUGGCCCUAGUGGGGUGGUAGCCCAGGGCGGCGCCGCUUUAUGUGGGGCCGCUGACGGACAAGUGCCGCUAGAAGUCGAGAUGGUCGUGGGAUCUGGGGACGUGCUGUCAGCUGAUACGCUGGUCCGGGCUGACCAUCAUGCUAAUAUUCCACCGGAGGAGAUCGACGCAGCAUCAGGCGCGCUGGUGUGCGUUCACGAGCUGCUGUUAGUAGCGCUGGCGUUGGCGUGGCUGGGUGUACAGGUGCUGUUACUGCUGGGCUGUUGCGUGCUCGUCAAACGGUACCGCAAUCUGGCCGAGAUGAGCAUGCAGAAGGAGUACCAGUCGUUCGACAACGUGGGCUUCGACGUCACCACGCACCGCCGCGUGCACUGGCCCGACCAGAGCAUAGACAUAUUGCAUGCCACGUGA